GAUUAAUUUAAUGAGAUUGAUAUUGCCAACAAAAUAAGCUAUCAUUCAUCUCUCUACGGAAAACACUGAAUUUUUAAAUUAAUCACUUUUUUUGAUUCUUCGUCUCUGUUACCAACGCUUCGGUUUCUCAUUUUCUCUCUUCCGACAGUUCCGAAUCUAAUCCACAAAAUCAGUUUCUUUUCUCGAAGAAAUUGAAAUCUUUCUCCUCUUCUGUCUCCCUCAUUAAAAUCUUUGUCUUUGUCUGCAAAAAAAAAACCUUUGAGAACUCUGAUGCUUUCGCCCUAAUUUGAUCUGCAGCAUCAUCUGUCUUAGUCCAAAGGACUUGUCUUGUUAUGUUUUUAUUAAAAGGAUACAAGACUUAAACUUUAAGCAUAGUUGAUUGUUCUGUUCUUGAAGCUCCGGUUUUAAAGUCAUUAGAUCUGACCUCAGCUUAGGACUAAACAAGCUUUUUUAUCGCUGCCAUGCCAAAAGCCAUAAACAGUAGUAGUAAAAAAAACUUUUCUUUUUAUUCGGUUGGUGCAUUGGUUGUUGGUGUUCUUAUCAACUUUCGUCUUCUAUUAAUUAGCUAUUCUGGUUUUGUCACUUUCGUUGUGAGUUGCCCAAAUUCUGAAACUUUGCUGCAAUAUCUCUAUUGGGUCCGGUUUCCGAAAAUUCUGGUAAUUUCUAUCAACUCUUUAGUGUCUUUAUUUGUACAAAAGAUUAAGACUUUUGAUUUGAUCUCCUUGUCUGAAAUCAAGUUUAAGAUAGGCAAAGCUUCUGUGUGUUCUGGUGAGGGGAAUGAAGAAAGUGUAUAGGAAGCUGAUUUGGAUCAGAGACCCAUUAACAAGGGUGAAGAGACACUUUAGUUUACAUUCAGGGUUUAGGGUAUUCAGAUAUAGGAAAUGGAUGUUCCCGUUUCUAGCUAGCUUGGUUUUGUCGGUUACUCUCUUAAUGUAUGUUCUUUAUGGUCAGUUCGACAGUUCUUUUGUGGAGGAAGAGCCAUCAUUGUCUUUUGAGAAUGUCUCUGAAGAAUCAAAUGAUUACUUUGUAGAAUCGCAUUUUAGAAAGUCAUUGAAUCCGACGAGGGGGGAUUCGAAUUCUUCAGAGGUUCCUAGGUUAGCUUAUCUGAUCUCGGGGACGAAAGGUGAUAGUCAUAGGAUGAUGAGGACUUUACAAGCUGUGUAUCAUCCAAGAAAUCAGUAUGUUCUGCAUUUGGAUCUUGAAGCUCCACCUAAGGAAAGGCUUGAGCUUACAAUGUCUGUGAAGAGUGAUCUGACUUUUCGUGAAGUCGAGAACGUUCGUGUUAUGUCUCAGUCUAAUCUGGUUACUUAUAAAGGCCCUACGAUGAUUGCUUGUACGCUUCAGGCCGUUGCGAUUUUGCUUAAAGAAAGCUUGGAUUGGGAUUGGUUCAUCAACCUUAGUGCCUCAGAUUAUCCUCUCGUUACACAAGAUGAUUUGUUGUAUGUCUUCUCAAAUUUGUCUAGGAGUGUCAAUUUCAUUGAACAUAUGAAGCUUACCGGGUGGAAACUGAACCAGAGGGCCAAAUCAAUCAUUGUUGAUCCUGGCUUAUACCUAUCGAAGAAAACUGAAAUUGCUUGGACUACUCAACACCGUUCAAUUCCUACAUCUUUCAAGUUGUUCACAGGCUCAGCGUGGGUAGUUCUGAGCCGGUCUUUUCUUGAAUACUCAAUCUUGGGAUGGGAUAAUUUCCCGAGGACAAUCUUGAUGUACUACGCCAACUUUGUAUCCUCUCCAGAAGGAUAUUUCCACACACUCAUAUGCAACACGGAAGAGUUCAAAAGCACGGCGAUUGGGCAUGACCUGCACUACAUUGCUUGGGACUAUCCUCCUAAGCAACACCCGAAUUCUCUAUCAAUGAAGGAUUUCGACAACAUGGUCAAAAGCAACGCCUCUUUUGCUCGAAAGUUCCACAAGAACGAUCCUGUAUUAGACAAGAUCGAUAGAGAGCUCUUAGGCCGCACUCACCGGUUUUCCUCAGGAGCUUGGUGCAUUGGUAGCUCUGAAAACGGCGCUGAUCCGUGCUCUGUUCGGGGGGAUGACUCAGUUUUGAAACCAGGCCCUGGUGCUGAGAGAUUAAAUGAGCUUGUUCAUACACUUUUAUCUGAUGAGUUCAGAAGAAAACAAUGUUCAUAAGAUGUACUGAUUCAAGCUAAAAAAAAUUGUACAUUCAUUUUGUUUUA